AUGCCCUUCCCAUGGAUCACCCGCGAGCACCUCCGCCAGGCAUGGAGGCUCCUCACCACCCUCGCCGUCCCCCUUAUCCUUGGACUUCUUUCGCGCAAGAUCUUUGGUGAACCCAAGGAAGAGGUCCCUGUCACGGCCGUCAUCCUCAACUGGUCGCGAUUCCCGAACGUUAUGCUUAUCGCCUCGCUAAUGUGCGCGCCGUGGAUGGAAAACACGAUUGCCCAGGUCUUCAUAUGGAACAACAGUCCUGCGAAGCUGAGAUAUGAAGAAUUCAAGAACUCUGGAUGUACGCGGUCUAAAUUGACCGUCUACAAUGCUCCGAAGAACAUGCUGUUCCAAGCACGGCACCUGGCUUGUGCCCAAGUGGAGACACCGUACUGCUUUGUGCAAGAUGAUGACUAUCUUGUUCCCUACGAGAUCAUUGAGUCCCUCCAUGUGCGAAUCAGUGAUCUCGGUGCCGCGAACACCAUUCACCUUCUGCCCCCACACGAACAUCUAUCCACAAAACUGCGGGAGAUUCAUGUGCCGGCGCCGGACGACACCCAUCUCUCCGACAUCCACACUUCUUUCGCCUGGUUGGGACAUGGAACGAUGAUGCACAGGUCAGAAGCCAGGAAGUUCGUUACUCUUCUUCGUUCCAUCAGCGCAACAUCGGAUGAGAUGAAGAUGGCGGACAACUUCUUCACGCUCUUGAGCAAUCGGGUACCUGAAGUUUGGCUAGAUCAGAUGUUCGAGCUGGGUGGAGGUGAACCUUUCACGGUGGGACCCGAAGGCGACGAGCGCAACAGAAACUUUACUCUUCGUGCGGCCAACUACUUGGCUUCCCUGGCCCACUGUGGACGAACGGCAUGCGAAGAGCCUAUGGAUCUUGCUCAGGGAAAGGGACCGCAGUUGCCAUAUAUCGCAUUGGACCGUUCGUACGAACCGACCUCAUGGACGUCUGCUGCGUGUCGGGGCGCGUCCUGCGUCCUUGACACCAAUAUCCGCACUCUGCCGGCACAAAUCUCGCGUGAAGCGAACAGCAUCACGGACAUAUUUGCCUUGGAGGAGAAGAAUCUCGAGGUUCUUGGGGAAGCCGGGAAAGAUAACUACCUGCAGUACGCGCCGUCAAAUGCUGUUGAUAUGAAGUCUGGAACCGUCUUCCGAUCUCUCACACAUGCUGCCCAAGGCGACACGAUUGUGAUUGACGUUCUUACAGAUAUCAGCGAGGCACGAGAGUGGACCGCGAUCGAGCUCGCCUGGCUUGUAGAUUCUGCCACGGAAGAAAUCCUCAAAGCGAGCGUCUUCGAAUGGUCAACUGACAAGGAAGCUUGGCACGCCGCUACACAUGCGCCCCUCUGUUACGAUACGGGCCACAUGGCGACGAUUGGAGAAGAGCAAAUUGGAUUACGGGAAUGCAGCGUGCAGAUGAUCCUGGGUUCUAGCGCAUUGCACCUGCGCGCGACUGGCCGGUAUUUCCGAGCGAGGCUGGAGGAUGACAGGGCGGACCGCUGGACAAUUUCAGAGGUGUGGCUGCGGGGGUUCUGA